UGUUGAGGGCCUGGUGAGUGGGAAGUUCCUCGGGUUUAUACUCUGGAGGGCGGUAACGGGCUGUCCACCUCUCGUGCCGGGUCUGGGCACUGGAACGGGCGUCGCUCACGGUGAGAGCCGGCACUGCGCACCGCAGCUCGGCCUCGCGCGCUCUUCGCGGCAGGACCAUGCUCCUCACCGCAGUCCUCCGCCGCGGGCGCAGCCCAGGCCGGCACUGGAUCGGGAAGCACCGGCGGCAGCAGUACGUUUCCGAACAGGCCAAGCAGAACAUGAUCCACCUCCUGGAGAUAGAGGCGGAGAACCAGUGCCGGCUGAGCACGCCCUACACGAGCACCGAGCAGGAGUACGGCCAUGCCGCUGAGCGCAGGGCCAUCAAGGCGGCCAUCGAGGCCAUCAAGGCGGCCUGCGCGGCCAAGUUCCCCCCACACAGGUUCGCCGCGGACUAG